GCUGUGUAACUGUCGACAUCGAGCGCCCGCCACCACCGGAUUUAGGGUACUUUUCUCGCAUAGCCGCAAACCUGGCGCUCACGUCCAAUGCUGUACUCCCUCGUACUUAAGAGCUGUGACCAGCAACCAGUAUCGGUCUUCCAUUUGCUUUCCGCCGUACACUCGAAACUGACCACGUGGAAGAAUAGCUUGUGGGCUCAGAAUGAAGCUACUAGACGUGAAUGCCGUUCUCGACAGGGAAACGCACAUCCAGCAGGCCGAUCCCGAAUGUGAAGUCCUGAAGGAGGAUAAUAGCAAAAGUACUCGUUAUGCCAUACUGUCACAUCGCUGGAGCGACGAGGUCGGUUAUGAAGAGAUGACUGGGCUGAUGAAGAUGGAGGAGCAUAAGAGGGACAAGGUCAGGCAGCGCUCUGGCUACCAAAAGAUCAUCAAGAGCUGUAAGCAAGCCGUGAAGGAUAGACACGAGUGGUUGUGGAUCGAUACCUGCUGCAUCGACAAACGGAGCAGUUCAGAAUUAUCGGAGGCCAUUAAUUCGAUGUAUCAGUGGUACCAGAACGCACAGGUCUGCUAUGCAUACCUCAGUGACGUUGACGAGUUACCCCGCCCUACUAUGCCAUAUCACCUCAGGUCGAUCUGCAGGCCCAACGGUUGGCUGGGACCAGAAUGGUUCACGCGGGGCUGGACACUGCAGGAGCUCAUCGCACCGAGGGAACUCGAAUUCUUCAACAAGGACUGGGCGCCCAUCGGCAACAAACGACACCUGGCAGCCGUUUUGCAGGACAUCACGGGGAUUCCACGUGAAGUUCUGAGAGACGGCCUGGGUGCGAAGCCUCUCAGUGUCGCACAGAUCAUGUCGUGGGCGGCUGGUCGGAAGACGCAGCGCGUGGAAGAUCGGGCGUAUUCGCUGAUGGGGCUGUUUGGAGUGAACAUGCCAAUGUUAUAUGGAGAGGGCGAGAAAGCAUUUCAGAGGCUUCAGUUGGAAAUCAUCCGCACAUCCAGCGACCAAAGCAUAUUCGCAUGGAAUCGGCGGAAGCCGCGGACUGGCAGUGUCUUGGCAGACGAUCCGAGCGACUUCGCGGGUUGUGGCAGAAUCGAGAAAGUGGAACCCGACGAAUUUGUCGACAAACUAACGAAGUACAUUGAAUGGAACGUUCUCGGUCCCACCCUGUACUUCCGCUCCAACUCCAGGAAGAUCUCGACAAACCCGAUACACUGGUGCAGACUUGCUUGGUUGAGGUGGCGUGCCCGUGUGGUCAGCCAGCAACAUCACCUGUCGUUCUCUGUCAGCAAUGCGGGUAUCCAAGUGUGCCUUCCUGUCAUUCCCCUUCCCGACUCUCGAAAUCAUUUCAGGGCUAUAUUGCCAUGCGGUAGACAUUUCGGUCUGGAAACUAUUGAUUUGGUAUUCUCUGGAUCCAGGUAUCUCAGGACUUCAGCUGCAUCAUCUCCCAUUUUAGAGUCGCCUAUUCUCAAGACAUAUCCAGAAUUCAAGACACUCUGUCUUACUCAUCACCAAGACGCCAAUCAGACACACCGCGAGUUUACACUCGACGACAAGCAUGCCUCAUACCAUCAUUUCACCCGCCGUGGCACCUACCCGCGCGAGUUUACAGGCAACACUGUCUCACUCUCGUCCCUCAUAGAUGAUCUCGUUGUCAUUGUCUAUGCUAACGACGAUGCCGGAUUUCGCUUUGCAGUUGGCCUUGGAUACUACCACGGCCAAGGAUGGGUACACGUUGUCUGUGACAAGCCUGCAAUUCAAAAGGACUGGACAUCCUUUGCUCCUGAAGCAUAUCAUCGAAUGUGGGAUGCACGUGUGGAACAUGCUCAGCGUAUGUUCAAACAAGACCCUGUUCAUGGACGCUGCGCCUGUGUCCACUUCAUUAAACAUGCCCACCUUCCCCAAUCAAUCUGGGCGGCGAGGGUGGUCUGGAGUAGGUGGGAGAAGGGCGAUUUCACGAUUAUGGUUGAUGUCGAGCAAUGUCCUGGUUGCUGUGACGGGCCACACGGAUGGACAGCGACACUCAACCAUUACCAUGGCCCUCAGAUGCCGGGGCUCAUGUACAUAUGUUCCCAUCCAUAUUCACUGAGACUGGAUGGGUGGGAGGUUGAGCUUGACGAGAGUUCUGAUCAACGGAUUGCGCUGGGUGAUUAUGGCGACUAUUCCAAUGGCACUUUUAUGCGUGUUGGCAAUAUUUUUGAGGAUGCGGGCAUCCUUAGCAUCGACACCAUGGGCUCAACUUAUUGUCCUGUGGUCCCCCACGUGUCCAGCUUUCUCUCUCUAAUGUCAAGGCAUCAUACGGAGAAUGAGGAUGAUCUUGUUGUGGCAUAUCACUCUGGGCGCAAACACCUGGCCUUACGUCAACCAAAGGUCUUCUCUCUGCCCGCUAAUGAUCAUCUUGUGCGACUGUUGAAAGCCUUGGCCACUCGUCUUGCAGGCAAGCAUUUGGUGUUAACAGUCGUACAAUGCUCAGAAUUUUAUGGAGUCGAUGAUAAUGGAGAGCGAAGGGAUUCAGUGGAUGACAGUAAUAACCACCCCGCUGAGGGAGAUAUUUCGACUCCCCUGUGCAUCAUUGCAAGCCCACAAGUUUGGCGAAGAGAAAUGCCUUGUGUACAGAGAAGGGAGCAAUUCAAGAGUAUUCGGGAGCACUUUUACGCCCUCGUGAAUACGCGCCAACCUACAGGAACCGACGCCCGACACAAGGCUGCGGUGCGUUGAAUAACCCUGCGAACCACAACCACUCACUCAGGACGGCAUCAGAACGGGCAACAGA